CCCCGGAACAGGAAGUAAAACGUGUUGGUUGCAAAUUGUUCUGUUAAGAACAACAACAGAAAUUGAAAAUGGAGACUCGCUUCACCAGGGGCAAGUCUGCGAUUCUAGAGCGCUCGCUCACCAGACCCAAGACUGAGGUCAGCGUGAGCGCAUUCGCCCUGCUCUUCUCUGAAAUGGUGCAAUACUGCCAGAGUCGGGUGUACUCUGUGUCCGAGCUGCAGGCACGCUUGGCAGACUUGGGUCAAGGCGUGGGGGCCAGCCUGCUGGAUGUGCUGGUGUUAAGAGAGAAGAAUGGAAAAAGGGAAACMAAAGUGUUGAACAUACUGCUCUUCAUUAAGGUGUCGGUGUGGAGGGCCCUGUUCGGCAAGGAAGCGGACAAGCUGGAGCAGGCCAACGACGACGACAAGACCUACUAUAUCAUUGAGAAAGAGCCCCUGAUCAACGCCUUCAUCUCGGUGCCCAAAGAGAACAGCACGCUCAACUGU